AUGGAGAAUGGAUCGACGACGACGAACACAACAAUCACCAUUAAAGGGAUCCUGAGUUUGCUAAUGGAAUGCAUCGCAGUGGAAGAGGUAGAAGGAAGAUGCUCGAAGAAAGUCAUAUCGUUGGGAAUGGGAGAUCCAACACUAUACUCUUGUUUCCGUACGACGCAAGUUUCACUUCAAGCUGUUUCAGAUUCUCUCCUCUCCAACAAGUUUCAUGGUUAUGCUCCAACCGUUGGUCUUCCCCAGUCCCGAAGGGCAAUCGCGGAGUACUUAUCGCGCGAUCUUCCAUACAAACUGUCACAGGAUGAUGUGUUCAUCACAUCGGGUUGCACGCAAGCGAUUGAUGUAGCUUUGGCAAUGUUGGCUCGUCCCAGGGCCAAUAUACUUCUUCCAAGACCUGGUUUCCCGAUCUAUGAACUCUGUGCUAAGUUUAGACACCUUGAGGUUCGCUACUUCGAUCUUCUGCCAGAUAACGGAUGGGAGAUCAACCUUGAUGCUGUCGAGUCUCUUGCAGAUGAAAACACCGUUGCUUUGGUUGUUAUAAACCCUGGUAAUCCUUGCGGUAAUGUGUAUAGUUACCAGCAUUUGAUGAAGGUUGCGGAAACGGCGAAAAGACUUGGGUUUCUUUUGAUUGCUGAUGAAGUUUACGGUCAUCUAGCUUUCGGGAGCAAACCUUUUGUGCCAAUGGGUGUGUUUGGAUCUAUUGUUCCGGUGCUGACAAUUGGAUCUUUAUCAAAGAGAUGGAUAGUUCCUGGUUGGCGGCUCGGGUGGUUCGUGACCACUGAUCCUUCUGGCUCGUUUAAGGACCCUAAGAUCAUUGAGCGGUUUAAGAAAUACUUCGAUAUUCUUGGUGGACCAGCCACAUUUAUUCAGGCUGCAGUUCCCACGAUUCUGGAACAGACAGACGAAUCAUUCUUCAAGAAAACUUUAAACUUGUUGAAGAACUCCUCUGAUAUUUGCUGUGACUGGAUCAAGGAGAUUCCUUGUAUUGAUUCCCCGUAUCGACCAGAAGGGUCCAUGGCAAUGAUGGUUAAGUUGGAUCUCUCGUUACUCGAAGAUGUAAGCGACGAUAUCGACUUCUGUUUCAAGCUAGCUAGAGAAGAAUCAGUCAUUCUUCUUCCAGGGACCGCGGUGGGGCUGAAGAACUGGCUGAGGAUAACAUUUGCAGCGGAUGCGGCUUCAAUCGAAGAAGCUUUUAAAAGGAUCAAAUGUUUUUAUCUCAGAUAUGCCAAGACUCAAAUCUCAACUCGUAGUUGA